AUGCCUAGAUUCGGAAGCACUUUACCUAAGAUGGAUGAGGUAUUCAAAUCUCAUCCCAAACCAGAAGUCAUAAAGGAUUUGAUGACAGUUAGACGUCACCGAGCGAUCGAUAUCCUCCAGAAUCAAAUCCCAUCCAAGAUUGUCGAAAUCCAAAAAUUGAUCGACCAAGAGGAAGACCCCUCGUCGCCCUUCUUCAAAGGACAAGUACUCGAAGUGGCUUAUACUGAUCCUAAGGUACUUCAACCUUCCGAGCUGACCCAAGGGAACAAGCCAGACGGGGAAGGAGAACUGGGUAAAGAGAAGUUGGUCUUACCUCAAGAUAUCACUAAACCCCAGACGAACGAUGGUGAAGGGCUGAGAAUGGGUCCUCAUUGGUUUGAAGUGGUUCAGGUCAACCCAGUUCAGGUCAAGUGUAUGGAGAUCGUGACCCAAGAGCUUGAAGACUUGCACAUGCUCGCGCAAGACUUGAAAGUAUGGUUGGAAAUGGAGAUUCCAGUGGUCGAAGAUGGUAAUUCAUUCGGUGCCGAUGUUCAAGCUCACUUGAUCUCUCAGCUUACGGAUGCUUAUAAGAAAUCCAACUCGAUGCAAAAUGGUGUACGAGCCCAUCACGGUGAUAGGUUGAAAUUGGCGAUGGAUUGGGCGAAAUUCCCAAACUUCCAAGAUUUUGCUGGUGCCAUUGCUGCGAGCGACCGAUUCGAUCACUUCUUGCUUCGAUCGUACCUUCGUUCCAUCCUUACUUUGUACGGUGGACUACUCACCAAGUUCGAGAGGAACUGGUCCAAGGUGAUCAACCCAAAAGGUAGCCAUGAGACUGGAGGGAUGUACUAG